UAUUAUCUGGGUUUUGGUAUCUCUACUUGUUCUUCAAACAUCUGCGUGUGUUUUCAUUUUGCAGACCGUUGAUUUUAGGAAGGGGAAUUAAUGUCAAAAGCGUACUAGCUGCUAGGCCGAGAUAUUACAAAAACUAUGUUGAUGCUAGGAGAAGAUCAUACCGGUAUGAUUCGGUCAAGUUCAAGCAGGUUUAGGCCGAAGAAGCUUCGGAUUCAUGGUUACGAGAUACCUGAUCUAAACGCAGAACCUUGUUUGGAUUGGGAUGGGGAAGAAACAGGGGAGUCCAUCACUCAGGCUACCUGUUUCAUCAAACCUCAGGAUGCAGAUUAUUGUUUACUAAAUGUUCCUCAGCUCUUUUACGAGCUAGAGGUCGAGAUACUCGCGCGCGUGCCUCGUUUCGAGUAUUGGAAACUUAAGUUACUUAAUAAAGGGUUUUCUACUUUGCUAAAGACCGAUGAGGUGUUCAAGGUGAGACGAGAGCGCGGUGUAGUUGAACCGUCUGUCUUUAUGCUGUCGAGCGGCGACACGAGCUGGACUAUGUUUGAUAAGGACUUUGAGAAUUUUCAGAAGCUUCCUGAACUUCCUUCUGACAUUUGCUUCCUCAACGGCGAUAAAGAAUCGCUCUGUGCGGGAACUCAUUUGAUUGUCACUGGACAAGAAUUGAGUAGCAUUGCGCUGUGGCGGUAUGAGUUGGAGACGAGCAGAUGGUUCAAAGGUCCCGGGAUGAUCACGCCGCGGAUCUUGUUUGCUUCUGCUACCUGUGGGACAGUUGUGUUUGUAGCUGGCGGGUGGAAAAUAGACGGAAACGGGACUAUGGAAGUCGUUAACAGUGUGGAGAAGUAUGACUCCGAGACCAAAACGUGGACACUACUCCACGGAAUGCAUAAGCGGCGGAAGUUCUGCUCCGGCUGUUACCUACGCGGCAAGUUUUACGUUCUCGGAGGCCGGGAUGAGAACGGUCAAAACCUAACUUGCGGAGAAAGUUACGACGAGAAGACAAACACAUGGGAACUAAUACCGGACAUUCUCAAAGACAUGUCUUUCUCUUCUGUUCAAUCUCCACCGCUCAUCGCCGUGGUUCGUGAUGAUCUUUACUCGUUGGAAACCUCCACAAACGAGCUUCGUGUUUAUGAUGCAAAGGCAAACGCAUGGAAGAAGCUUGGAGAUGUGCCUGUGAGAGCUAAUUCUAAUGGAGGAUGGGGAGUAGCGUUUAAGUCGCUUGGAGACAAGCUGCUUGUGAUUGGAGCAUCAGCGGGUCCGUCUAGGGCCGAGACAAUGUCCGUUUACACGUGUUGCCCGUCCGCUGAUCCUGAGAACAAGCUACAUUGGGAGGAGUCUAAACGCUGUUGUGGCGUGAGGCUCAAUCAUUUUAUCCGAAACUGCUGUGUUAUGAUUGCUUAAGGGCUAACUUAUGGUUUUUGUGUGUGUGUGUGUGUGUGUAUGUGUGCGUGAUUGAAUAAAACGUUGUGGCAUCUCAGACGCUGAAACUCUAAUCGCUAUUUAUGGGGGUUAUCAUCUGAUUCAUCUUGAGGUUUUGGUGAACGCUUGUGAUUGCUCAUCUUGUGAUAUAUCUUAAGACUUAAGCUGCUUUUGUAGGAUUGUGUUAAAAAUAAGAAAGGUUGUGAUA